UCUGGGUAUUGUCGACAUGGAAGCGUAAGUGAAGCACUUGAACUGUUUUGGGAAAUGCAGUUGGAGGGGCAAAGACUAACCCAGUUCACAUUGGGAAGUGUUCUUAGCAUGUGUUCAAUGAUGGGUUUGCUCCAAAGAGGAGAGCAGAUUCAUGGUUAUGCAAUAAAGACCCAGUUUGAUUUCAAUGCUUUUGUUGUUACAGGUCUUGUUGACAUGUAUGCAAAAUGCAAACAAAUAUCUGAAGCUGAAUAUCUCUUUAGGAUGAUGCCAGAUAGGACUAAUAAUGUUAUCUGGACUGCAAUGGUUACUGGCUACUCACAGAAUGGCAAUGGAUUUAGAGCAAUUGAGUGUUUUCGAGAUAUGAGGACAGAAGGAGUUGGGUCCAAUCAGUUUACUUUCCCUAGCAUAUUAACAGCUUGUGCUGCAGUUUUGGCACUUCGGUUUGGUACCCAGGUGCAUGGUUGCAUUGUUAGGAGUGGUUUUGGAACUAAUAUUUAUGUUCAAAGUGCCCUGGUUGAUAUGUACGCGAAAUGCGGAGAUUUAAAUGGUGCAAGGAGAGUGUUAGGGGAUAUGGAGGUUGAUGAUUUAGUUUGUUGGAAUUCCAUAAUAGUUGGGUGUGUGAGGCAGGGACUUCAUGGGCAAGCUUUGUCAUUGUUUCGAAAAAUGCACAGGAGAGCAAUGAAGGUUGAUGAAUUUACAAUUCCAUCUGUCUUAAAUUGUUUUACUUCCACAAUGGAUUUGAAAAGUGCUGAGUCUGUCCAUUGUUUGAUUGUCAAAGCAGGAUUUGAGGGUUACAAACUUGUGAGCAAUGCUCUCAUUGACAUGUAUGCUAAACGAGAAAAUUUAGAUUGUGCACUUGAGGUGUUUAACCGGAUUCAAGACAAGGACGUGAUUUCAUGGACUUCUCUUGUCACAGGGUACUCACAUAAUGGGUCCUAUUCCAUGGCACUCAAAUUGUUUUGUCAUAUGAGAAUUGCAGGCAUCAAUCCUGACCAAAUUAUUGUUGCCAGCAUUUUGAGUGCCUCUGCAGAACUAACUGCUUUAGAGUUUGGGGAACAAGUCCAUGGAAGUUUUGUUAAGUCUGGCAUUUGGUCAUCUCUAUCAGUAGAUAACUCCCUUCUGACCAUGUAUGCUAAGUGUGGGUGUAUAGAAGAGGCCAAUAAAGUAUUCAACUCUAUGCAAGUGAGGGAUGUGAUUACUUGGACUGCUUUGAUAGUUGGCUAUGCACAGAAUGGUAAAGCAAAGGACUCCUUAAAAUUUUAUGAUAGGAUGAUCGCCAGCGGAGUGAAGCCAGAUUUCAUUACUUUCAUUGGUGUACUAUUUUCCUGCAGCCAUGCUGGCUUUAUAGAAGCUGGACGUUCCCAUUUUGAAUCAAUGGGUAAGAUUCAUGGAAUCAGACCAGGGCCUGAACACUAUGCCUGUAUGAUCGAUUUGUUGGGAAGAUCUGGAAAUCUUGUUGAAGCUGAAGAACUCUUAAAUCAAAUGGAUGUUGAACCAGAUGCAACUGUAUGGAAAGCCCUCCUUGCGGCAAGCAGGAUCCAUGGGAAUUUGGAACUGGGAGAGAGAGCUGGAAAGAACCUCAUGAAAUUAGAACCCACGAAUGCUGUACCUUAUGUCAUGUUGUCAAAUAUGUAUUGUGCAGCUGGUAAAUGGGAAGAAGCAGCUAGAAUCCGGAGACAGAUGAAAUCAAGCAGCAUUAGUAAGGAAGCUGGGUGUAGUUGGAUUGAAAGGAACAGUAGAGUUCAUGCUUUCAUGUCAGAAGAUAGAAGUCAUCCAAGAACAUCAGAAAUCUAUUCCAAGAUAAAUGAAAUAUUGUUGUUAAUCAAGGAAGCUGGUUAUAUGCCUGACAUGAAAUGUGCUCUUCAUGACAUGGAUGAAGAGGGUAAGGAGCUUGGUCUUGCUUAUCAUAGUGAGAAGCUAGCCAUUGCCUUCGGGCUGCUCAUAGUACCUCCAGGAGCACCUAUUCGAAUUUUUAAGAAUCUCCGCGUCUGCGGAGAUUGCCACACUGCUAUGAAAUACAUAUCAAAAGUCUACAGUCGGCACAUAAUAUUGAGAGAUUCAAAUUGUUUCCAUCAUUUCAAAGAAGGAAGAUGUUCAUGUGGUGACUAUUGGUAGAAGUUUCACUGCUAACUCUGCUAUUUCCAUUUUCUCAUGGGUGAUUAAACUUAAUUGCUGGUGCUAACUCCUAUGUGUCAAUUCUAUAAGCCGUGAUAUUUAUAGGCUCUAUGGAAGAGAGGGAAAAAAAUGGCUCGUGCCGAUCAAUAUUUAACAGUUGUUGAAACUUAAUGAGGCAAACAAGCCGAUUCGCACCCCACAAUAGUGCAUUGAAGAUAGAAACAUCACGGAAAGUGCUGUAAUGGACUAUGCUAAAUGACACCAUCAUAUUGUCAUGCAGGAAUCAGAAAUCUACUGCUACACAUGACUUGGAGACGUUCUAUGUGAGCUCAGAGAUUUUCAGGCAUAAGGGUAACAUUUUGAGAAGGUGAUGUCAUCCGUGAUCUGACUGACA